AUGUCAAGAAUACGCCGUAUACAACAUAUAUUAUUAUUAAAAUCAAUCACGCAGGUGUCGCUACAGUGGUUGGAGAUCAAUUAUCUYCCGGCACGUCUGCUCGGCGCUGUGUCCAKGCUGCACGAUCUCCGGCACUUGACGUUGAACCUGACAAUUGGUCACAACGAUGUGGAAUGUGUGCGGAAGUUCGCGGAAUCGUUGCGUAACAUGAAGCGCAUCAGGACGUUGGCCGUUAACCGAGUGGUCGCGACUUCGAUGGAUGUCAGGUUCGACGURRUACUUGAGAAGUUUGCGAUACCGGAAUGCGCAUACGAAUCGCUAACGUCGUUGGACUGUUCGAUGGACCUGUUUGUGCUGCGUACCGGAAAACUAUUGUCCAGUUUACGUAUCCGGAACGGCAACACCCUAACAGCCGGUGGCCUGCAACUGCUGUUUGAAAACCUAAUCGGUUUAAGACGUCUGUGGAUCGACAACUGCCUCUGCCUUGAUGACGACAUUAUGUCCGGAUUGCCGGUGUCUAAUCUCAAAGGAUUGGUUUCUCUAAAGAUAUUCAACGCAAAUUUAACAUACCGAUGUUUGCCACACAUCAAACUUUUGCAUUUAAACAUCUUGGUCGUCGACAAUAUGUCACUAGAACCGUGCGUUGCAUUGGUCUCUCUUAGAGAUCCCAGGGUUGGGCUAGCUCAAACAAACGGCUCUGGAAAUAGUUUUUUAACAGGCCCCUGCUCUCAGCUCACAGCCUGUGCUAUGGAGAUGUUAGAACUGAAUYAUUUUUUGCUCACUCUGUGGCAUGCUGACACGAAAAGUUUAUGA